GAAGAACUCGACAGCAGCUCAACCACCUCGCAGAAAGCGACACAGAGUCAUCAGGAAAGCAAACAGCCAGCGCGAACUAAAGUCAAUCCCUACCAGCCACUGAGGACAGCGAUCGGCGCAUCAGCUGAGAUCAACGGAGGUUGGACCAAAGCCACACACCAGAUUCAGAUCCGGGGGCAAACAUUUCUCAGAAAAAGAAGAAGAAUUCAGAACAGCAGAUGCAGAUGAGAUCUACUUGAAGGAGGAAGAUCAGAUCGAGAAGAAAUUCAGCAGCAGCAUCAGGAAACAAGACGAUGAUGUCGCCGAAGCAGCUGCUGACCACCACCCUCAUCGUCUUCUCCACGCUCUCCAUCAUCAAGCUGCUGCUCCUCACCCACUCCUCCUCCCCAACCUCGCCCGCGCGCUCCGGCCGCUCGGCAUGGGACGUCGGCGGCGGCUCCGGCAACGGCACCGCGGACACGGACGGCCUGAACGCCAAGGAGUUCGCGCUGCUCCGCUCCGUCGUUGCCGCGCGCGCGCCAUGCAGGCUGCUCGUGUUCGGCCUCUCGCCGCAGCUCCUCGCGCUCGCCGCGGUCAACUCCGGGCAGGGCGCUGCCACCGCCUUCAUCACCGACAGCGCCGAGGACGCGGACAGCGCGCGGCAAGUGCUCGCGGGGCGCGGCCGCGGCCAAGGCUCGGUCGCCGUCCACCGCGCCAGGUACCCCGACCCGGCUGGGGAGGCGUGGCCGCUGCUGCGGCGCGCGCGGUCGAGUCCGGUGUGCCGGCGGCCGACGGGGACGGUGCGCAAGUCCGGCUGCCGGCUGGCGCUGACCUCGCUACCGCGGGAGGUGCUCGACGCGCGAUGGGACGUGGUCGUCGUCGACGGGCCGAGCGGGGCCGGGCCCGGGGAGCCGGGGCGGAUGGGCGCCAUAUACACCGCGGCCGCGCUCGCGCGCGCGGCGGGGGGCGACGCGGUGGACGUUGCGGUGCACGACAUGAACCGGACGGUGGAGCGGUGGUACGCCAGGGAGUACCUGUGCGAGGACAAUCUCGUCGCCGCCAAGGGGCGGCUCUGGCACUUCCGUGUCGCCGCCGGCGGGCCGCCGGAUGCGUUCUGCUCGACUGGUCCGGUCCAGAUCUUGUAGCCUGAGGAAACAGAGCAAGAUUCACCAGCGUCGUGCGGCGCCUCGGCAAGGAGCAGUUCUUCCAGCUGCAGGCCCCGGCCACCGGCAUCGGAAUGGUACAGGAGAGGCAGAAGUACAUGACGACGAAGAAAAUGAAGAUUGGUGAAGCUGUUACAAGAAAAUGCAGAUUGAUCUUGUAAUGUGAUGGAUGAACAGAGUUUUGUUUUUAACCUGCCAACCCCUUUGCAUCCCUCUUUUUGACAACGAAAAUACAAAAAAACAAAGUAUGUGUGAAA